GCAAGGGCGGAAGUAGCGCAGAGUAUCCUCACCGAUGAAGAGGCCGCGAUGGAGACGGUGAGAGAUGUCACUGAGGGAUCCGUUGUGAUUGAACCUAGUGUAGAAGGAAAAUGUGGUUCCCCAGUAGAAGAAUCAGAGAGUGGAGUUUACACAACGUUUAUGAAGAAUCAUAAAUGUUAUGACCUUGUCCCCAUCAGCUCAAAACUUGUAGUGUUUGAUACAUCUCUUCAGGUAAAGAAAGCCUUCUUUGCUCUGGUCAGUAAUGGGGUAAGAGCAGCACCUUUGUGGGACAGCAAGACACAGAGUUUUGUAGGCAUGCUUACCAUCACAGACUUCAUAAAUAUACUCCAUCGAUACUACAAGUCUUCUCUGGUGCAAAUUUACGAGUUGGAAGAACAUAAGAUAGAGACUUGGAGAGAAGUGUAUUUACAAGACUCUUUCAAGCCUUUGGUCAGCAUAUCACCCAGUGCCAGCCUGUACGAUGCGGUCUCCUCGCUGAUUAAAAACCGCAUUCAUCGUCUGCCAGUCAUUUCUCCAGAAUCUGGAAAUACGCUGUAUAUAUUAACGCACAAGAGGAUUCUCAAGUUCCUCAAACUAUUUAUGUCUGAACUGGAAAAGCCAGCGUUUGUGACUCAAACACUAGAGCAGCUGAAGAUUGGAACAUACGACAACAUCGCUAUGGUCCAUCCCAACACUCCUGUCUAUGUUGCACUGGGUAUUUUUGUUCAGCGCCGUGUGUCUGCUCUACCUGUUGUUGAUGAUUCUGGGCGUGUGGUGGAUAUUUAUUCCAAGUUUGAUGUCAUUAAUUUAGCAGCUGAGAAAACAUACAAUAAUUUGGAUAUUACUGUAACAAAGGCUCUUGGACAUCGCUCUCAUUACUUCGAAGGCGUUCUAAAAUGUUACCCACAUGAAACCCUUGAAACCAUCAUCAACCGCCUUGUUGAGGCAGAGGUACACAGACUGGUUGUAGUGGAUAAUAAUAACGUGGCAAAAGGAAUUGUUUCUCUCUCUGACAUCCUGCAGUGCCUGGUUAUGACAGCUGGAGGUGUGGAAAGUCAAUGACCGGCAUAAGUGUAAUACGCCACUGCAGUGCUUCAAUAUAGAGAUACACAAAGAACUUUGUACUUCUACAAUCAUCUCCACAGAGCUCCAGCCCAGUGAAUAUCCCACCAGUCAUCUGGAGGUGGAAAGAAAAGAUUUGCCACCAGCAAAACAUGAUAAAGAGCCAUUCUAUGAUGCAGCAGCGUUUAUCUUCAGCAAUACUAUGGGGCAUUACUAAAGGCUGACCAAUAAUUUGAUGAUAGUGAUCUUUGUAGUCCAGUGAGAGGAGGGAUUACACAGUAUUGAGGACUUGUCAGUCACCUCUGACGUUAUUUUUUCCAUAACCCCGUUAUUCACUUUUUUACCUUUCUAUCCACAAAGUAGACAAGACAGAUGGCCUGAGAGUUAGAUGUGGGUUUCACCUAGAUUUUCUAUCUACAAGGAAUUUAGGGUGGCUCAUACCCACACCGGUGGUCCCCAUCACUAGUUUACUGCAUGUGAAAAGUCUGGUAUUGGAGUCACAGCACAAUAUUUUUUUCACAAGGCUGGUAAUAGUUUGCACUUGGUGGAUUGGAAUGACACAUGCCACUUUAAUGUGUAUAUAUUAUUUUUCUGCAACUGCCUCUGUUAAGCAGUAACUUUUCCAUUGUUUGGAACCAAAUAUAUAUUUCCUGUUCCUCAGAACUCGGCAAGGCUGACGUUUUUUUCUACAUAAAUGUUUUCCCAUGCGUCUAUGUUUUUUAAACAGGAUUUAGUGUCCAUUGAAUUGUAUACCAUUAAUAAAAUUCACUUUUUCUUAA